GAAUUACAGUGGAUGACGGUAGAGCGGUCGGCGGUAAGUGAACAGCUGUACGGUUACCGCAGGGAGAUCCGUCAGAGUAAACACAAUUGCGGCGUACGAUGGCUUCCGUAGUUGUAAUUAGAGAUGGCACGAUUAAUCGAAUUUUUAUUUCCUUUCGAUUAAUCGAGCGAUAAACCGAUUAAUUUUCAAAAUAAUCGAAAAGAAUCCAUCCAUAUGAAAUAAAAUUACGUAACAAAAAUUGGCACUCUAACCGUUCAAUAAUAUUAGAAACGUUAAGAGUGUCUCCUCUACUCGGUAUAUUUAUUUUACUCGGUACAUACGUAUAAUUUUACGAGUUUAUUUAUUACAUUUAUUGCUGUCAGAAAAGAAAAUGCAUUAACAGUUGACUGGUUUAAGAAACCUACAGCAUCAGGGAGGCUCAUAAAUUUUAAUUCUAACCACGAGAGGAGGACAAUUAUAAAUACGGCUACGAACUUCAUCCGCAGAGUACUCACCAUAAGUGAUAAGAUGUACCACAAGAAAAAUAUUGACAUUAUUAAAGAAAUCCUGGAGAAAAACGAAUUUCCCCACGGCUUGAUUAACAAACUCAUCCGCGAUUACUAUAUCAAGUCCAAUAAAGAUAAAUCAAAUGAGAAGAAAAUUUAUACAUCGGCAACAUAUAUUCCAGGAUUAUCAGAGAGGAUUAAGCACUCUAAAAUGUUUGACAGAGAGAAAUUUCACAUAGCGUUCACGUAUGAUAAUACUUUAAAACAAAUAUACACCAACACCAAAGACAAAGUUCCUAAAAAUGAGAAAUCUGACGUAAUCUACAGAAUACCAUGCAAUGGUGACGGGUCCCACGUAUGCGAUAUGGUAUAUGUGGGGACAACCAAAUCUAAAUUGAAGACAAGGAUUUCCGCUCAUAAAUCUAACAUAAAAUUAAGGAAUAACUCUAUGGACAAUAAGACAGCCUUAACAUCUCACUGCCAAAAUAUGGGACAUUAUCCCGAUUUUGACAAUGUAGCAAUCUUACAGGAAGAGAAAAAUUACAAUAAACGUUAUACUCUAGAGAUGCUACACAUCAUGAACACCCCUAAUAAUAGAAGGAUGAAUUUUAAAACGGACACAGACAUUUGCGCUCAUGUCUAUCGCAACUUAAUUUUCACGCACAAAAACCAAUAACGUAGGUGUCAUGUGUUUAUGUGUUCAUGUGAUUGUUCGUCGGUCCGCCACCAGUACUUCGUCCGACAAUAACAAUGCUAUGCCGUGCUUUUCUACAUACAGAUUCUCUCCGUCCUACUGUCCACCACUACAUGUAUUGUUGUUUGUAUAUUUUUUGUUUACAUUUACGGUAUUUCGACUUGCCUAAAUUCUCUUGUUUAUGUUUAAGUGUUCUUUGAGCUUGUUUGUUAAUAUUUUUCUGCACAUAGAAUUAGUCGAUUGGAAAAACUCAAUAAUGUAAGUUGCG